GGCGGGAGGAGGAGCCGCCGCCGCCGCCGCCGCCGCCGAGGGCUGCUGUCUCUCUCUCUCUCGCCGCCGCCGCCGCUGCCGCCGCGCCGCCGGGAGGGGCGGCCGCCCCCCGCCCCGCCAUGCCGCUCUUCGCCACCAACCCUUUCGACCAGGAUGUGGAGAAAGCAACCAGUGAGAUGAACACUGCGGAGGACUGGGGCCUCAUCUUAGACAUCUGUGAUAAAGUUGGACAGUCACGCACAGGGCCUAAAGACUGUCUCCGCUCUAUUAUGAAGAGAGUGAACCAUAAAGAUCCACACGUCGCUAUGCAAGCAUUAACACUUCUAGGAGCAUGUGUAUCAAACUGUGGCAAAAUCUUUCAUUUAGAAGUCUGUUCAAGAGAUUUUGCCAGUGAAGUAAGCAAUGUGUUGAAUAAGGGUCAUCCAAAAGUUUGUGAAAAGCUGAAAGCCCUUAUGGUGGAAUGGACUGAUGAAUUCAAGAAUGACCCACAGCUUAGUUUAAUAUCCGCUAUGAUAAAAAACCUUAAGGAGCAAGGAGUUACUUUCCCAGCUAUUGGUUCACAGGCUGCUGAACAGGCAAAAGCAAGUCCAGCUCUAGUUGCCAAAGAUCCUGGUGCAGCAGCCACCAAAAAGGAAGAGGAGGAUUUAGCUAAAGCUAUUGAGUUGUCACUAAAAGAACAAAGGCAACAGCAAACAACACUUUCCAGUCUGUAUCCAAGCACCUCAGGCCUUUUAACAAACCACAAACAUGAGGGACGAAAGGUUCGUGCAAUCUACGAUUUUGAGGCUGCUGAAGAUAACGAACUAACUUUUAAAGCUGGAGAACUUAUAACUAUACUUGAUGACAGUGAUCCAAAUUGGUGGAAAGGGGAAACUCAUCAGGGUAUAGGAUUGUUUCCAUCUAAUUUUGUAACAGCUGAUCUUUCUGCUGAGCCUGAAAUGAUGAAAGCUGAGAAGAAAACAGUGCAGUUCAGCGAUGAAGUUCAAGUAGAGACAAUAGAACCUGAGCCAGAACCAGUUUAUAUUGAUGAAGAUAAAAUGGACCAACUCUUGCAGAUGUUACAAAGUGCUGAUCCAUCUGAUGACCAGCCAGACCUCCCAGAGCUGCUUCAUCUUGAGGCAAUGUGCCAUCAGAUGGGACCUCUCAUAGAUGAAAAAUUGGAGGAUAUAGACAGGAAACAUUCAGAACUUUCAGAGCUCAAUGUUAAAGCAAUGGAAGCUCUUUCUUUGUAUAACAAAUUGAUGAAUGAGGACCCAAUGUAUUCCAUGUAUGCAAAACUACAAAACCAGCAGUAUUACAUGCAGUCAUCUAGUGUUUCUGGCUCUCAGGUUUAUCCAGGGCAACCUCAAGGUAAUGCAUAUUUGGUGGCAGGGAGUGCACAGAUGGGCCACAUCCAAGGUUACAAUCUUCCUCCAGAGCAGCUCCCUUCUCUCAGCCAAGGCACAGUUACUCCAUCUGCCAGCUCAGUAAUUCCUGGGCAGCCUGCACAGACGUCUUACACAAAUGCAAUGGUUGGUUCUGUUGCUGGAAGUACCUUCUCUAACCAGCCUUCAGUGUAUAGUCCACCACCUGGUACUGUUGAUGUUGCUGCUUAUCAGAAUGCUGGAACUAAUCUGUCCCAGGUGCCAAACUAUAACUUAGCAUCUACAGCUCUGCCACAGACAGCAGGCAGUCAGCAAGCACCUCCACAACAACCACAGCCUCCACCACCUCAACAACCACAGCACAGUUACUCACAGAAGGCUCUGCUAUAGGAUCCAGGACUUCUGAUUCCUAAUCUUCUUUAACCUCUGCUAAAGGCGGUUGGCGAUUCUAUGAGUUCCUUCAUUUAAUCUCUUAAACUUUGUUUAUCCUCAGCUUAAUAAGAAUCUCUCUUGGUGAACAAGUUCAAUUUGCACUGACUUUUUAGGAUUUUUUUUUUAAUUUUGCGGAAGAACUGAUAUAUGUAGGAAAUUUAAUUCCUUUUAAAAUGCCUAAAAUUGGUACAAGAUUAUUUAUGUAUGGUUAAAUUGGCUAGUUUGUGAAAACUCAACCAUUGCAAACUGUUGUGGCAUAUAUGUUAUGUACAUAUAGUGUGUGAUUGCAGUAGUGCCCAUUUCAUAUAACUAUGGUGGUCAUGUGAAUAUAUUUAACACAAUGUUUAAAAAUAAUUUGCUUUACUAUUUUAUUUUAAUCAUGAACUGACAACCAUAUUUCAUAGUUUUGUCUAGUUUUAAGACAGAUGCAAUGUCUUUUUCCAGUGCAGGAAAAACAGUAAUUCUGCAUAUCAUGGUUGCAAUUACAAGCUAAGGUCUAUAUAUGAAUUUAUAAACUUAACUAAGUUUCACUACUUCUUGAAUUGAACACAAGUGUAUCAUGACUAUUAGAUAGCUUAUCUACCAAAGUAAACUUGUUAACUAGUAAAGAAUUUGGGGGGAUAACAGCAAAUUAUGAUUCUGCUUCGGACAUAAUUACUAACUUCAAACAACUAUUCAGAGGCUGCUAAACAUAUCAUGGGACCAUGAAACAUAA